CGGGCAUGAAGCGACCGCUCGGCAGGCGUUACGGUUUCUGGUUCCGACUGCGAAGGUUGCUCAUCUGGUUGCUGGGGGUGUACAUAGCCAUUCCGUUUCUAGUAAAGCUCUGCCCUGCUAUCCAGGCAAAGCUGGUCUUCCUAAACUUCGUGAGGGUCCCAUAUUUCAUUGACUUGAAAAGACCACAGGAUCAAGGUUUAAACCACACCUGUAACUAUUACCUGCAGCCAGAGGAGGAUGUAACUGUUGGAGUCUGGCACACAGUCCCUGCAGCCUUAUGGAAGAAUGCCCAUGGGAAGGACCAAGUGUGGUUUGAAGAUGCUCUGGGUUCCAGCCACCCCGUAGUCCUUUACUUGCAUGGCAAUGCAGGAACAAGAGGAGGAGAUCACCGUGUGGAACUUUACAAGGUUCUCAGCUCCCUUGGUUACCAUGUAGUCACAUUUGAUUAUCGAGGCUGGGGCGACUCCAUAGGUAGCCCGUCCGAGAGGGGAAUGACCUACGAUGCCCUGCACGUCUUUGACUGGAUAAAAGCAAGAAGCGGCGACAACCCUGUCUAUAUCUGGGGGCACUCCCUGGGCACGGGGGUUGCAACGAACCUAGUGAGGCGCCUCUGUGAGAGAGAAACACCUCCGGAUGCCCUGAUACUGGAAUCUCCCUUCACCAACAUACGUGAGGAGGCGCGAAGUCACCCCUUUUCUGUGAUAUACAGAUACUUCCCUGGGUUUGACUGGUUCUUCCUUGACCCUAUCACAACGAGUGGAAUUAAAUUUGCAAAUGAUGAGAAUGUGAAAUACAUUUCCUGCUCCCUGCUCAUCCUUCAUGCUGAGGAUGACCCCGUGGUACCAUUUCAUCUGGGAAAAAAGCUUUACAACAUCGCUGCGACAUCGCGGAGUUUCCGAGACUACAAGGUGCAGUUCGUCCCCUUCCACACAGAGCUCGGCUACCGGCACAAGUACAUCUACAGGAGCCCAGAGCUACCUCGAAUACUGCGGGAAUUCCUGGGAAAAUCUGAACACGAGCAUCAGCCCUGAAGACCAGCUGCUUGGCAGCAUUGAUUUUUUCCUUUCUUUCCCUUCCCUCUCCCUCCUUUUCUUUCCCCUCCUGCCUGUGGCUUGGUCUGCCGUUUUUCCAUCCCUUGGCACGAAGGAGGCCAGGGAUCCUGCUCUGGCCCUGGCCCGCACCUUUUGGCAACCCCAACUCCCAGCGUCCAUGGUGGUAGAAGA